CGUGACGCCAGAGGCGGGCGCCACACUUGAAGAGGGUGCGGGAAGCGGCCGCCGCGGCGCGCUGACAUGGAGUUAGUGCAGGAAGCGCGGGAACUGGGCUGCUGGGCGGCGGAAGAGAUGGGGGCGCCCGCGGCAGCCCGGGCCCCGGAGUCAACACUGCGCAGACUGUGUCUGGGCCAGGGGGCCGACAUCUGGGCCUAUGUCUUGCGGCAUGUGCAUAGCCAGAGGAAUGUCAAGAAGAUCCGAGGAAACUUACUUUGGUAUGGCCACCAGGACAGUCCAGAGGCCCGUCGGAAGUUGGAGCUGGAAGCCACUGUUGCUCGCCUGCGGGCAGAGAUCCAGGAGUUAGACCAGAGCCUGGAGCUGAUGGAGCAAGAGACCGAGGCUCAGGACAUGGCCAUGGAGCAGGCCCUGCAGAGCAUUCAAGACACCCAGCGUCGUGCUCUCCUCCUCCGGGCCCAAGCUGGGGCCAUGCGAAGACAGCAGCGUGGGCUUCAAGAUCCCAUGCAGCAGCUACAGAAUCAAUUGAAGCGUCUGCAGGACAUAGAGAGGAAGGCCACAGUAGAUAUAACCUUUCGACCCUUAUCAUCAGCAUCCCUGGGACUGGAGCCUGUGGUCCUGGGUGAUGUCCGAACAGCCUGUACCCUCCGGACCCAAUUUUUGCAGAACCUCCUAGCUCCUCAGGCCAAGGGAGGCAGCAUCCUAACCCCUCGAGAUGACCACUUUGGAGCUUCCUACCAGCAGUGGCUUAGCUCAGUGGAGACACUGCUGACAAACCAUCCUCCGGGCCACAUCCUGGCCUCCUUGGAGCACCUGGCUGAGGAGCGGGAGGCAGAGAUUCGGUCCCUGUGCAGUCCAGAUGGGCUCCAAGAUACGGAGAUAACCAGGUCCCAGGCACCAGACCAGCCAGACUCCAGCCGGGCCCUGCCGUCCAUGGUGCAUCUCAUCCAGGAGGGCUGGCGGGACGUGGGUAUGCUGAUUGCACAGCGGGGCCCCCUGCUGAAGGAGCAUCAAAUCCUGACCCAGCGCCUCCAAGGCCUGAUGGAGGAGGUGAAGAAAUGUGCCCUGGAAUCCAGCGAGAGGCAGGCAUUGGUGCUGGGACUCCGAGGCUGUGGCCUGUGGGCAGAGCUCAAGGCCCUGCGUGCUCAGAGCCAGGAGCUGGAGGAGGUGGCUGGGCGCCGGCAGCUUCUGCUACAGGAGCUACAGGCCAAACAGCAACGGAUCCUGCACUGGCGCCGGCUGGUGGAGGAGACACAGGAACAGAUCCGCCUGCUCAUCAAAGGCAACUCAGCCAGCAAGACGCGCCUGUGCCGGAGCCCUGCAGAGGUACUGGCUCUGCUUCAGCGAAAAGUGGUCCCCACAUCUGAAGCGGUGGCACCACAGUCCCAGAAACUGCUUCAUUGUCUGGAGGAGGAAGCCCGGCAUCUUCCCCACCUUCUGUUGGACACCUUGCUUCGGCACAGCCCUGGAGGGUUACAGCCCCUGCCCACGGUCCUGCCAUCCAUCUACCAGCUGCAUCCCACAUCCCCAAGGAGCUCCAGCCUCAUAGUGCUGAGCCACAGAUUGGGGCUGCCUGCAGGGAAGGCUCCAGAACUGCUCCUCCCAAAGGCUGCCUCUCUUCGUCAGGAACUUCUGUUUCUCCAGGACCAGCAGAGUCUCCGGUCCUGGGAUCUGCUCCACAUGAAGACCAGCCUGCCCCCAGGACCAUCCACCCAGGAGCUGCUACAGAUCCGGGCAGCUCGGGAAAAGGAGCAGAAAGAGAAUCUGGGACAGGCUCUGAAGCAGCUGGAGAACCUGCUGAAACAAGCGCUGGAGCGAAUCCCCGAGCUACAGGGGGUUGUUGGGGACUGGUGGGAGCAGCCAGGCCAAGCCGCCCUGUCCGGGGAGCUCUGCCAGGGCCUGUCCCUGCCCCAGUGGCGGCUGCGCUGGGUCCAGGCCCAAGGCAUCCUGCAACAACUGUGCAGAUGAAAAGGGGGCCCCAACAGAACUCAAGAGCUUCGUUCGUUCACCCCAUCAUAAGACCUUUGGAAGGGAGCAUCGCCCAGAUAUAUCAACCCACCGUCUCUACCCACACUUGCUGUCCCCCUCACAGGCUGUUCUAUUCCUCUCGAUUGCCUUGCACCUGUCCUUUCAUCCCAUCAAAGCCAAGGCAGUGGGCUAUCUGGACCCCACCCUAAGUCCCCCUGAAACUCCCCUCAUCACUUUCACCCUUAGCAAAACGUCAUUGAGCACCUGCCCUAAACACUGAGGAUCCAGCACUGAACGAAAUGGACAGAAGUCCCAGACUUCAGGAAGCUGUUAUUCUAGGACAGGGAAAUGGACCCCUGGCAAGUUAAGUGGGCAAAAUAUCUAGUAUGUUGGGAGGUAACUGCUCUGGAGAAAAAUAAAGCAAGCUGUAAAGAGGUGCAACUUUACAUAGAAGGCCACACGCACUCUGUAAAGGUAAUGAGAGGGAAGCAUGUGGGUGUCUGAGGAGGGCUUGUGGGGGUCAGGGGUGGGAGGGAGGUUGCAGCUUAGCAACAGUCCUGAGCUCGAACAUGCCAGUGUGAGGGUCAAGGAGACGGGGCAGGGGCGGGGGGCGGGGGGUUGUCUUCUAGUUUUUAUGUAGUUUCCUUUUUUUACAUCUAAAUCUCUGAAGUCAUUUGGCAUUUAUCCAAAUGGAUCCAAUUUUGUCAUAUUUUACAUGUAUCCCAAUAGCACUUCUUAAAAUUCUCAGAGCAGUUGUUGCCUCUGAAGGAGAGGUGGGUAGCAGGGAUCAACCAAGGAGGAGACAAGGGAACUUUGUAGAGUUGGAAGUGGAUUAUAUGUUGAAGGUAAUAAGGGUAGGUGUCAGAACCCAUCUAGCUAUACUUUUUAGAUCUGUGCAUUUCACUGUAAAUUAUUCUUCAAUUUAUAGAGUACAACUACCCACCUAUAUAAAGUAAAACUUCGGGUGAUCUGAGAUGCCACCUCUUCAUAAGCUAAGUUUCCAUGAUUAAUCAGGCUAUAUUUGGACUCUCUCCAAGCCUAUUGUCUGUCUGACUCUCAUAUGCCAUCCCCACAGUGUUUUGAUUAUAAAGAUUUUGAAAUAUG